AUGGAGGUAUUGGUUACGGAGGCCAGGAAACUUGUAAGCGGUAAACAGUAUGACGAUGCUAUAGCUAAAUAUAAGCAAGUUAUUGCCGAUGCUAGGGAGAAACAGAGCUCUUUGGUGACAGCUACCUUGAAAGAUCUUCAACUUCAAGAGAGUGCCAUAUUGGAAUUGGGUCAAGUAUACAAGUUGCUAGAUGAUUCGACGCAGCUUGCGCAGUUGAUAGCCGCUUCUAAGGACCUUUUGGGUAAAUUCGCCAAGUCUAAAACUGCAAAGAUUGUUAAAACUUUGAUUGAAUAUUUCGAUAAUUUGACUAAUGCCUUGGAUUUGCAGAUUGAGGUCACCAAAGAAUCGAUCAAUUGGGCGGUUGAGUCAAAGCUUUCCUUUUUGAGGCAAAACUUACAGUUGAAAUUGAGCGACUUGUUGUAUCAGAAGCACCAAUAUCUCGAAGCAUUGAAGCAAAUAAACGAAUUGCUCAGAGAGUACAAGAAACUAGAUGACAAGUCUUCUUUGGUUGAAGUGCAAUUGCUAGAAAGUAAGAUAUAUCACGCCUUGAGAAAUAUCGCAAAGGCAAAAGCAGCUUUGACGAGCGCAAGGACCUCGGCAAAUUCGAUUUAUUGUCCAACUAUUUUACAAGCCGAACUAGAUUGUCAAAGCGGCGUGUUGAACAUGGAAGAGAAAGAUUACAAAACGGCUUUUUCCUAUUUUUACGAAAGUUUUGAAGGCUUCAACUCGCAACUGCUGGAAGAAAGCUCUAAAACUUCAAUUAAAGUAUUGAAAUAUAUGCUUUUAUCUAAAAUAAUGUUAAACUUGAUUGACGACGUCAACAAUAUUUUGAAGAACAAAAACGUUGUACAAUAUCAGUCUAAGGAAAUCGACGCCAUGAAAGCAAUUGCCGUGGCCUAUUCAAAUAGAUCACUUAAGGAAUUCGAACAUAGCUUAAUUACUUACCUGAAGGAGUUGAAAAGCGAUGAAAUUAUCAAGAACCAUUUCAAUUCCUUGUAUGACCAACUAUUGCAAGUAAACUUGUUGAAGAUAAUCGAGUCUUAUGAGUGUGUUGAAUUGGACCAUAUUGCCAAAGUCAUUGGUCUUAAUGUCAGACAAGUUGAAGGAAAAUUAUCGCAAAUGAUAUUGGAUAAAAUAUUUUACGGUGUUUUAGAUCAAGGUAAUGGCUGGCUCAUAAUUUAUGAUGAACCAAAGAAGGACGCAUCUUAUGAAGCAGCAUUAGACUUGGUUAAAAACUUAUCGGGCGUGGUUGACUUGUUGUACGAAAAAGCUGGUGCUCUAAAUUGA